AUGAGCGACUCUUCGUCGUCGCGACACUCGUCGCCUGAUGGGCAUGAACCAAAUCCGUUACUAGCAGAAAACUCGGGGGAAGUAUCCGAGACACCAUUUAACACUCUAGGGCUCAUUCCCGAGCUUUUGCAAACCGUCGAGGCUCUGGGAUACAAAAAUGCGACGAGUAUCCAAGCACAAGCAAUACCGUCAGCCCUUCAAGACCGAGAUAUCAUUGGUGUAGCGAAAACUGGCUCCGGUAAAACAGCCGCAUUUGCGCUACCAAUACUGCAAAAGUGGUGGGAGGACCCGAAGCCUUUGUAUGCUUGCAUCCUUGCUCCCACGAGAGAGCUAGCGUAUCAGAUACAAAAACAGUUUGAGGCGCUAGGCGCAAACUUGGGUGUACGGUGCUGCUGCAUUGUUGGAGGACUGGAUAUUAUGGCGCAAAAAGUCGCAUUAGCAAAAAGGCCACACAUCGUCGUCGCGACUCCUGGUCGGUUACAAGACCAUUUGGAGAAUACGAAGGGAUUCAGCCUUCGGUCGCUCAAGUACCUCGUACUCGACGAAGCAGAUCGCCUUCUCGACAUGGAUUUCGGACCGAUUAUCGAUAAGAUCCUCAAAGUCAUUCCAAAAGAGCGCCGGACGAUGUUGUUUAGUGCGACCAUGUCGACCAAAGUCAAGAGACUGCAACGCGCAUCGUUGGUGAAUCCCGUCAAGGUCGAGGUCUCAAGCAAGUACUCGACGGUGUCGACGCUGCAGCAGUACUACGUCUUUGGCCCGCACAUGCGCAAAGAGGUCAAUCUGAUCACGCUCGUGCGGAGUUUAAGCGGAAAGAGUAUCAUUGUGUUCACGAACACGGUUAAUGAUACUAUCCGGCUCACACUGAUGCUACGGGCGCUCAAUAUCGGCGCGAUACCACUGCAUUCGAAGCUGUCGCAGUCGACACGACUCGGUUCACUCAACAAGUUUCGCGCUGGAGGAAGACAGGUGCUCAUUGCUACCGAUGUAGCAGCUCGAGGACUGGACAUACCACAAGUGGAUGUGGUCAUCAACUAUGGCGUGCCGCAGAAUUCAAAGGACUAUAUUCAUCGUGUAGGGAGGACGGCACGUGCGGGGAGGGCAGGCAAGGCGAUCACAUUUGUGACGCAGUAUGACAUCGAAUUUCAUCUGAGGAUUGAAGAGGUGAUUGGGAAAAAGAUGGACGAGUGGGUUAUCCCCGAGCAAGAGGCGGCAAUGUUGGCAGAGAAAGUGGAAGAGGCAGGACGUGCUGCGGCCAUGGAGAUGAAAGACAUGAAUCUGUCAAAGGGGAAGGAGGGAAAACGAAAACGGGAUGACAUGGACCGAGACGACGACAGUGUGCCGGCAGGGACGGGGGUGGGAAGAAAGAAGCGAAGAUAG